UGACGCUUCAGGUCAUGUGAUCAUUUCCUCUGGUUUUAAGAGCAGCUCUCAGUCACACUGAGUCAGUGUUUGUCAGUGAGCAGAGGAACAUGGCUUCAUUCUUCCUCAGCUUGUCCCUCUUCUUCAUCACUGUCUGCGCAGAAGAUGGAUUUCUGCAUUAUAUGGUAGCUAGUUGUGAGUUUAACUCCACUGAGCUGAACGGCAUUGAGUUCACCCAGUCGUACUUAUACAACAAACUGGAGAUCGUCACGUUCAGGAGCAGCGUGGGGAAGUUUGUUGGAUACACUGCGUUUGGAGAGAGACAAGCUAAGAACUGGAACAAUGGUCCAGAGGUGGCCAGGGCGAGAGCUCAGAAGGAGGCUUACUGCUUAAACAACAUUAGAAGUGAUACAGAAAAUGCUCUGACGAAGUCAGUCGAACCCUCAGUCAGACUUCACUCUUUGGCGCCACCUGCUGGCAAACAUCCCACCAUGCUGGUCUGCAGCGUCUACAGCUUCUACCCCAAACUGAUCAGAGUGAGCUGGCAGAGAGACGGACAGGAAGUCACCCAUGAUGUCACUUCCACUGAUGAGCUGGCAGACGGGGAUUGGUUCUACCAGAUCCACUCCCACCUGGAGUACACGCCCAGGUCUGGAGAGAAGAUUUCCUGUGUGGUGGAACACGCCAGCCUGAGUAAACCUAAGAUCACUGACUGGGAUCCAUCCAUGCCUGAGUCAGAAAGAAACAAGAUCGCCAUCGGAACCUCAGGACUGAUCCUGGGUCUGACCUUAUCUCUGGCUGGAUUCAUCUACUACAAGAGGAAGGCCCGAGGGCGAAUCCUGGUUCCCAGUAACUGAGCUGGUCCUGGUCCUGGUCCUGGUCCUGUUGCUGUUUCCUGAUGGAAGAAUAAUAAUUCGCUGCUGCUUCAACCUGCUUUCUGUUUUCAGCUCAGUCGACUCAGUGCUGCCAUCUGCUGGACUGGCUGAACACCAGUUUAUCUGAUGGUCUGUGCUGUUCUGAUCCCGACCCAGUCCUGUUCUCCAUUAGGACUGGGGUGCUUCCUCUGACAGUCCAGGAUCUGGUCUGAUCCAGACUCUGGUGUAUCAGCUGGAUCACAAACACCUGAUUAGUAGCUUCACGGUGUGAAAUCUAUAUUUUUCCAUCUUCCUGUUGUCAAACUGUUUUAAAUCCUCUUUGAUCCAGAUCUCAGGUUUCUAUAUUCUUACUGUUUUCUAAUCACAAUAAAGUUUGAAACUAAGAAACACAAA